AUGAGUGAAAAACCUCCUAGAAAAAAUUCAGGGAAAACUGGUAAGAAAAAGUCUUCAAGAAGUGCUAGCCCAGUUUCAAAAUCCCCAAAAUCCCCAAAAUCUCCAAAAUCGCCUAAAUCUCCUAGUUCUCCUAAAUCUCCAAAAUCAAGAUCAAGCUCCCCUGGGAGUUCAAGGCGGGCUACCUCUCCCAAAUCUCGAGGGCCUCCUCAACCAGUUCCACACUCCCUCUGUCAGCUCCACCAAAAAGAAUACAAGCUCUAUUCAGAAACCUUCGAAGAGCCUAUCUGUGAAGACUGUUUAAUUUCCGGCCCUCACAGUGGAAUUCAUUCAAAAAUAAUCCCCCUCGAAGAAGCCCACCGUUACCGCUUAGCUGCAGUCUAUAACACCUUAAACUCUCACCUAUUCAGUAAGCGUGAACAAUUAUUAUCCCAAAUGCAUAGAGUGGAGUUUCGGCUUGACGAAAUAAAAAGAGUCAAAGGAAUGAUAGAAAGGGACAUGAAAAGUGAAUUUUCUGCUAUGAAUGAGCGGCUUAAUUCUUCCCAUGGGACUAAAAUAGCGAUUUUACAGCAUGAUAUUGCAGAGCUUAAAGGAGAUUUAGAUAGAAUCAAUAAUAUUAUAGCAGCAGUUGAAAACUCAGGACAAGAUAUGAUUGGAUUUUUACAACAAGCGCCUCAUUUGAGGGAUGCAAUAGAAAUAUCAAUCGCCAAGCCAUUUAGGACUGAUAUUGAUGUAUCACAUGAAAGCUUGCCUAGGGAGCUGGCUGAAAUAAGACAAAUGAUUGAAAAAUUCCCAGCGCUGCAGGCACUUAUUAGUUUUAAAGACGAAAUUAUAUGAAAAUUACUACAUGAAAAGGCGGGGAGUGGAGAUAUUGAUGCAGCCACACAAAAGGAGCUAGCAGAAUGAGCGAGACUUACGGAGAAAUUUUCACAGGAAUUAGAGAAAUUUAAAAUGAAUUGUGAAUAUUGUGGAAUUCCGAUGGAUGAGGAAACAGUCAACUCAAAUUGUCCUAAAAAUUCAUCAUUCAGCCUAAAACCUCAAGAAGUUUCUACUCCAGCUGGAUAUCAUGGGAAUGGUAGGCAUUUUUUUUCAAAAAAUAAGCCUAAGCCUAUAUAAAGACAAAGAAAUAAAAAUGGUGAGGUAACGAAAAGUGGACUCCGAGGCGCACUCCCUAUGCAGCAGGUAGGACGUAUCCUGGUGAAACUGAAAACACGGCCUCUGUUCAUUUUUGAAGUAGGUCUUCAGGGUUUUGGGGAAGCCUUGCCGAAAAGGGAAGUUUUGUUCCUGCCUCGAAGGUUUUCCUGUCCAUCCUGAUGGGCUAGACAAGUUUUGCCUUCACAUGGUCUUCUCUUGUUGGAACCAUCGGGUAGCUCUUCAGACGGUAGCUCUGCCUAGGAGAUGAUCCCUUGGAUAUGUCGCUGAGAUCAAAAAUCCAAAAUGGCAGCACUCCAUUUUCUUAGAGGUCGAUGCAGACUGCUAUUUUUAGAGCCAAGACGAGGCAAAGGCUAGUGAGCUUUCCUCUUACGGCCAGUUUAACCAUUUAACUUAACUAUACAAAGCCAAGGCUUUAUGCAGCCUAUGGGACAAUCUUAUGCACAAAAUCAAACACUCCCAGAAAGAGACUUAGAUACAGCAAUCCGUAUAAUUGGUCAAAUUGCUAGAGAAAGAGGAAUUUCGCUAGAAAAUGUUUUUAAGCCUUAUGAUGUAUUAAAUCUAGGUUUAAUCAGUCCAACUGAUUUUUAUCAAAUUUUGUCAUCACAAUUUGGGUUAUCUGGUAACCAAAUAAAUGCAUUGGUUUCCCAGUAUGACCCUAAUCGAAAUGGAAGAGUCCAGUAUAAUUUAUUGAUAAGAGACACAAUAGGUGAAAUCCCUCCUGUUCUUGAUAAGCUAAGACUUAAAGCUGGAAACUUUUUAGACGCUUGCAGAAAAGCAGACACUUUAACUGAAGGGGUUUUAAAGCAGGAUACGUUUAAAGAGAUACUGAGACAGCAAGGGCUGACCCAAGAAGAAAUUAGGCAGGCAAUAGGAGUUAGUGACUUGAAUACUCAAGGCUUAGUGCAGUAUUUAAACUUUUAUAGCAGGAUAAAAUAA